GUUUAUUGCGUUCUCACCCUCUCGGUUUUCACUCUCUGUCCUCUAGGAUUCAAAUUCGAUUCCUCCUCUUCCUCUCUAUAUUCUUCUCUAUAAAGGAAGAGCUUCGUGAGUUUUGAUCGCCAAAGAAGAGAGCAAAAAUGGCGAAUGAUAUUACAUUCUUUGAAUUGAACACCGGAGCGAAGAUGCCUUCGGUGGGUUUAGGCACAUGGCAGUCCGAACCUGGUCUCGUCGGUCAAGCUGUUGAGGCUGCCAUCAAGGUUGGAUACCGCCAUAUUGAUUGUGCUCAAGUUUAUGGCAAUGAGAAAGAGAUUGGUUUAGUUUUGAAGAAGCUGUUUGAAGGUGGUGUGGUGAAGCGGGAGGAUUUGUUUAUUACCUCCAAACUCUGGUGUAAGGAUCAUGCACCCGAAGAUGUGCCAGUGGCAUUAGACAGAACUCUGCAAGAAUUGCAGCUUGACUAUGUUGAUUUGUACCUUAUCCAUUGGCCAGUCCGGAUGAAAAAGGGGGCUGUUGGCUUUAGUCAUGAAAACCUUAUUCCAGCAGAUAUUCCUGGCACAUGGAAAGCAAUGGAAGGGCUCUAUGAUUCUGGGAAGGCUCGAGCUAUUGGUGUUAGCAAUUUUUCCACAAAGAAACUGGGAGAUUUGUUGGAUGUAGCACAUGUUCCCCCUGCUGUCAACCAGGUUGAGUGUCAUCCUUCAUGGCAGCAGACCAAACUGCUGGAAUUCUGUAAAUCCAAGGGUGUUCACCUAUCUGCAUACUCACCAUUGGGUUCUCCUGGUACAACAUGGCUAAAGAGUGAAGUCCUUAAGCACCCAGUCUUAGUUUUGGUUGCAGAGAAACUGGGAAAGACUCCUGCACAGGUUGCUCUUCGUUGGGGUUUGCAAAUGGGACAUAGCGUGCUUCCUAAGAGUACACAUGAAGAAAGAAUCAAAGAAAACUUUAAUGUCUUCGAUUGGUCUAUACCUGAUGAAUUGUUCAUCAAGUUCUCUUCAAUUGAGCAGGCAAGACUACUCCGAGGGUCUUCAUUCGUCCACGUGACUCACGGCCAAUACAAGACUCUUGAGGAACUCUGGGAUGGCGAAAUCUGAGCAGACCGAGGACUGGUUCAAUUAUGCGGAAGUGUUCAAAGCUAUCCUACAACAGACACUGCAAUUUGGGAGCCUUAUUGAACCAUUUGGUUUGUUUGUGCUAGCUUGGAAAUAAUAACUUUUCGUCUUUACCUUUGGUAUUAGGUGGCGAUUGCAACAAUGUGUUCCAAAUUCUAGAUGCUUGAUAACAGAUAAAUGUUGAUACACAUGCAUUGUCCUUGGGUACAAUGUUUGCUUGCUACAUUCCAUGUUUUGAUCGAUGUGUCUUGGCUUUGGAAAGACCUAAAUGAUGUUGGAGUUUGGACCAUUUAUUUUUCAAUUGCUAAAAUUCUUUUUGAUGGUGAAAUCAUUAGGCUA